AUGAGACAGGCAACACAGAUAAUUCUACUCUUACUGGCUUUGGGUUAUAUUGGAGCCCUGCCAGCCGGAUAUCCUAGUUCUCGUCCCUCGUCCACUUACUUGCCGGCCAAGAAUGGCAAUGGUAAACCACCAGCACCACCAAAAAAUAGUUAUGGUCCUCCAAAGAAUGGCAAACCGGCACCACCAGCAACACCACCAAAAAAUAGUUAUGGUCCACCACCAGCUAAACCGCCAGCUCCUAAGCCGCCUCCUCCUAAGCCGCCCAAGGCAAGCUAUGGACCGCCUCCAAGUAAUGGUUACUUACCCCCCAAUGGCAAUGGUGGCAAUGGUGGCUCUGGUGGCAAUGGUGACUCUGGUGGUGGUGAGAUUAUACCCAUUAUUAAAUUGGAAUCCAAAGUGAAUACUGAUGGUUCCUACAAGUAUGAAUACGAAACUGGCAAUGGCAUAAUGGCCGAAGAAAUGGGCUAUAUCAAUGGCAAUGAGGCACAAACGGCUGAAGGAUCAUUCUCCUAUACCAGUCCCGAGGGCCAAUCGAUAUCAGUUACAUAUAUAGCUGAUGAGAAUGGUUUCCAACCGCAGGGCGAUCAUUUACCCACACCGCCGCCCAUACCAAUUGAGAUCCAAGAGGCUUUGGAUAAACUAGCCGCAGGCGGAGGAUGUCAUGGUUGUGAUGACAAUGAAACUGCUGAUGGCGAUGGAGAUGAUGGAGCAUCUAAUAUGGGUGGGGGAUAUGUUUACAAAUGA